UUAGGAAUGACACUGUAUGCGUUUCUAAAUUUCGAAUUACCUGCGCAUGCUCACUCUUUGGGGCAUGCGUUUGCGAUCUAUGCGAAAACUUGCAAUUUGCAGUGGGAAGAGCCUCCAAACCCAAUAUACGGUAUGUAUCUUUCAGUUUGGACAUCAAUUUUGUACUUCCAAAUAAGGCGUUGUCACUUGGUCAUGCCUCUCCUUCUCUUAUCUGCCAAGUGCCUAUGUAGCUGCUACAUCUUGUUGUUGGUCUCCCACCACUGUGUUAUGUGUACCAAGGAACACUCCCUUCAUGCACCAAAUGCUUGUUGACACACAUAUCAUCACGCUUUGGCUGAGCAUCAGAACAUUAAAGUUUGUUUACAUACAUUAAAGUUCCUGUUGUCUUUUCAUUGUGUAUAAAAGAGAGGCAGAUAUUACUCUAUAACAUCGUAAGAACAUCAGCUAACAAGAAAAGAGAUGGAUAUCAAGACGAGGGACAUUCUAGCUGUCCUUGUGCUCACAACUUUGAUAGCUUGCUUCAGAGUUAGUACAGCAAAAACUCAGCUAUCAUUUGAUGGUGACACUGUGCGAAUACAAGCCAUUACUUCAGCCACAGCUGAAGCGAAACAAGCGGCAAUUAAAGUAAAAGAGAACACUUCUCAGCUAUUCAAACGCCCUUCUUCACUAGCAGUGAAGCAAGGUAAAGCCAGACUGCUAUUCGAAAAGAUGAUUCACUUGGCAGAACAUAAAUUAUCCCUGGCUCACCAGUCUACCACUGCUGAUGCACAGAGCGCCAAGGAGAGGGCUGAAGCAUUAGCGCAAGAGUUCUUCCAUAUGCCAGGAGCUAUGCUUACUUCAGAUGAAAUCGCUCAAAUGUGGCAGGAAAGUGGAUGCAGUGAUUUAAGAGAGCAGCCUGAGUGUGAUUUCUCAACCCUGAACCAAUUCCGAACAAUCGAUGGAACUUGUAACAAUCUUGAUAACCCGACACUAGGAGCAGCAACUACAGCCUUUGCUCGACUCACGCCACCUGAGUAUGAAGAUGGUGUCAGCUCUCUUCGUGGAGAUCUGCAAGCAAGAAAUAAAUUCCUGAACAUUGGGCCAUUCUCGCCACCCAACCCCAGUGCACGCCUCAUUAGUGAGACUGUAGUUAGGAACAUCACUCAAGAAGAGCUGCCAUUUACUCACAUUCUUAUGCAGUUUGGACAGUUUUUGGAUCACGACCUUGACUUAUCUCCUGAGCUUGAAGUCGAGUGUGAUGGUUGCACCUUCACUGAGGUGUGCUCCCCUAUUCGUGUGGCUGAUCUAGACAAGACUUUUGGAACUGGAACUCGUAACAAUGCUGAAUGUCUUCGAUUUCGUCGUUCAUUGCCUGUCUGUGAUACCAAUCCACCUCUCUCGUUCACUCCCAGAGAACAAAUAAAUGACAUAACUUCAUUCAUAGACGGCUCUAUGAUUUAUGGAUCCACCAAUGAAGUAGCCUCACGUGUGAGAGCAUUCUCUAGUGGGCUACUUCGAUCCGGUUCACCUUUUCCCAAGGGUCAGGACUCUUUACCUGUUGAUACAGACGGGAUUGUGGCAUGCCCAAAUGGAAUGAAUUGCUUUUUGUGCGGUGAUAUUCGUUGUAAUGAGCACAUUUCACUUACUGUAAUGCACACUGUCUGGCUGAGAGAACACAAUAGAUGUGCUAGAGAAAUGGCCAUAGUAAAUCCACACUGGCAGGAUGAAAGGCUGUAUCAGGAGUGUCGAAAAAUAGUUGGUGCUUUGAUUCAGAAAAUUGUCUAUUUCGAUUAUCUCCCAAAAGUUCUUGGCCCCCAAAACUUCGAAACGUUCAUUGGACCUUACCCAGGCUAUCAACCUUCGGUGGAUCCCAGUAUACCUAAUUCAUUCGCUACUGCUGCUUAUAGAUACGGUCACAGUCUUGUGCGACCGCAAUUUGAUCGACUUGAUUCCAACUUUCGCCCUCUUGCUAUUGGGCCUCUUAACCUAGUUGAUGCUUUUUUCAACCCCACCCAGUUUCGCACUAGCCUUGGAACAGAUCCAAUCCUUCGUGGACUGGUAACAGAAAAUUCAUUGCGUAUGGACGAGUUCCUUAAUAUGGUAUUGACCAAGAAGCUGUUUCAAACCCCACUCACUCCAGGGAUGGACCUGGCAUCUUUAAAUCUUCAACGUGGUCGUGAUCAUGGUCUCCAACCUUAUCCGAUAUGGAGAAACUUCUGUGCUCGUAUCUUUGGAGAUGUCAGUGAAUUUGAGAAUAAAUUGACCCUAGUUCGAUUUUUGCAGUUGUAUGGGAGCUUAGACACACUCGAUUUGUGGAUAGGAGGUAUUGCCGAAGAUAGGCUACCAGAAUCCCUCCUCGGAGCUACCUUUGCUUGUAUUUUUGGACUCACUUUUCAACGUGUGAGGAAUGGUGAUCGGUUCUAUUUUGAACGUCCCGAUGUGUUCCAGCCAGAUCAGUUAGCGGAGAUCAAGAAAGGUUCAUUGUCUAGAGUCAUUUGUGAUAACUCUGAUAACGUCAACUUCAUUCAGAGAGAUGCUUUCCUUUCAAACACCAGUCGCGUCUCUUGCAAUCAAAUCCCAGCUAUAGAUCUUAACAGAUGGCGGGAAAAUUCCUGCUUUUUCAACGUUCGUGUUGAUCCAAGACCAUUUGAGGUACCAAUUUCUUCUUUUAGUCGUAUGUCACCUGGACAAGACUUUGUGUUCUCAGUUGAACACGUUCCAGCCAAUUCUCGUGCGGUGUUCCAGUGUAUUCAGUUGCAAUGUCCCUCAGCUAACUUUGGAACUGAUUUGAUAGCAUUCUCAGAUCGAAGGUUUGAAACCUCUCUUCAGAUAUCAUUCAGCAAUGUAUUACCAGUAAGUGUUCUCCAAACAAAAAGCUCAUAUCGUUCUACCUUGAUGGAGAAAUUGUUCAAUGAGAGAGCGAGUGGCUUGUUUAGAAGCGAGGAGGAAUGUCGAGAGUCAUCUCAAGCUGCUUUCAUCUUUGCAUUCCGAAACUCUGCCAUUGCUCAGUCGACAGAAGAACUUGUGUCCAUGAUGGAGGGAUAUACCAAGGAAAAAAUCACUCUGCCUAAAGAAAUUCUUGGAAUCAUCAGCAAUGAUAAGCACGUUACUGUGGAACCUCUCGAAAAAGAAAUCGUGAAAGAAUCAUCUGUUGAAGACCUCAAGACCCUCCUCAAAGAACUCAAUUGAGACUCAGCAAACAUUCUAGAAAAUUAAUAUAAUUAGGUUGUUUAUUAUAAUUUAUGGGCUGGUUUCCCAUUGUUUGAAUCUCUUUUUCUAUUACAUUGUUAAUUUUGUUGAUACAUAGUUUGAAAUUGAGAAGUGAAAUCCAUUCAUAAUAA